GGUACGGUAUUUAACGUUAUAGCAUAACUGACCUAGUCAACUGACCAAUCAUAACGUAUCUAAGAAUCAUCUAACAUGGCGGCCACAGACGAUUUUUCACCAGUUGUCAUCUUGGUAUGUUUUAUAUGCGGUUGUGCAGGUCGAGUGGGGUAACGGUUUGGUAUGCCAACAUUUUGGCCCUCUGACCAUCGAGCAUGCCUUGCAAUCGUCGGGUUGACCUGUUUUUCUUUAUUUAGUAACAUGUAAGCUGUGACUUCAUUUGAAACAUGGCGACCACAAACGCUUUUCCUCUACUUCUUGUUUUGGUACUGUUGGGACUCCACUGUGGUUGUUUGGGACAAUCUGAGGAACCUCGCCUGAUAGACCUGACAUGGACUAUGGAGGAGGGAAUGAACAUGUACCCAACGCACGCAGAAUAUCGCUUCACCAUUGUUUACAGAGGUGAACUGGCUCCUGGGUACCCCGAGUCCUAUCUGGAGUCCAACAACCUCUUCAUGUCUGAACAUACGGGAACUCACCUGGACGCGCCUGCUCACUUCGUGCCUGGGGCCUGGAGACUUGACGAGAUCCCGCUCGGUCACCUGACCGGCCCGGGAGUGGUGGUGGACGUGCGGAACAAGAUCGGGAACAACUCGGACUACGCCAUCACACAACAGGACUUACAGGACUGGGAACGGCAGUAUGGGCGCAUCCCUGACGACAGUAUUCUCCUGCUCCGUACAGGUUGGGGAGAGUGGUACUGGGACCAAGGGCCAAAGGCUUACCUCAGCACAGAAAGUCAGGACAUCAAUCUGGUGCAUUUCCCUGGUCUCCACCCAGAGGGCGCUCAGUGGCUUGUUGAUAACCGCAAGGUAAAGAUGGUCGGCAUAGACACCAUGGGCCCUGACAGCGGUGAAGAAAGUGCCAAGGAUGGGUGGGUCCACCGAAUCCUUCUGCCCAACAACGUCCUCAUCCUGGAGAACGUUGCCCACCUGGACAAGAUGCCCCCUACCGGUUCCACCGUGUACGCCAUGCCCAUAAAGAUCGGCCAGGGAAGCGGGGCUCCUGCUCGGGUCUUCGCGAUCGUGGACGGCAGAACCAGCACAGCGGGACUAUCGACGCCAAACUGGGCCGCCAUGUUGUCUACAGUUUUUCUGCUCAUGUUGGCUUUUAUGUAAAAUGAUGCUCGCUUGACGUUCAAUUUUCGUCUAAGAAUACCCAGUACAUUAGAAACCGUUGUGAACAUCAGCAGUGUAGCAAUGUCACUUUGGCCCUGACUAUAUUGGCACGACUAUCUCUACUUUCUAUAAGAGCACAGAUGUAGAGCAUCUGAUUUCUCAAUUGAAGCUUACGCAUUCGUCAUUUUUCAUUUCAUCUACAAUCUUUCGGUCCUUUUGCACUUGAAUAAGACAAAUAACACCUUUACAAGUUGUCGCGAACAAAGACACGCGGAACUAUAUGAUAGGAACACAAUAUGUAAGGAACACAAUAUGCACAUUUGCACCCCCUCUCACCAAUGUCAUCCCAAAUGAUGCUUAAUGCCAAGGACGUCGACUUCUCUUCUGUACCCGUCAGCCGAAGGGUAAAACUGUUGGUUUGCCUCUAGGGUGUCAAUCUGAAGAUACAUGCGCUCAUUGGCUACCUAGAAUGACCUUGCAAGGUCAUAAUACAAUGUAAUUCAAAGAAUUUCUCUCAUGUGAUGUCAGCUUAAGUUGUAUCCUUUGUUAAGAUGCCCAGGGUGUCAAUCUGAUAAAGGUACGCCUCGCCAUCGAGUCACCAACUAGUCUUACCGCUGUCACAUUUUUGUAGAUCAGCCCGACGGCAGGUGAGUGGAGCUGUUUUGUCCGUGGUGUUUUCUGCUGAUA